AUGCUUUUCGCCACUGGAACCACAAUUGGCGAGCUGAUCUACAACAUUCGAGACUCAUCGCUGGAUGUGCUAUCUGGCGUGCUUGGCUGUCCAGUUUACCCUCGACGACUCAUCACAAAAGACGUGCUCCGUCAUUUCAGAAUAUUUGAAGGGGAUUGUGUCAUCAGCAAAAAGCUUUCUCACGAAGACAACCACUUCAAGUACUAUCGCUCACACAUCCUAAUGAACAACGAGUUUGUUGAUGUGAUCUUGAAAGAGAACCGAAGAAUGAACACUGCCGAAUGGAGAGAAUAUAUGUACGACGAACUCAGAGUGAGUUUUCUGGCCACUGAACUGAAUCUUCCAAUGCGUACAGUACAUGGGUAUUCUCCGAGCAGAUAA